AGUCCUCUGAUCCAACCUCUCCCCCAGUGACCCCCAGGCCCCUCCUGACUCAGGGACAUCAUGGAACCCCUCAAUGUACACCUUUCCCGACUCCUCUUCCUCCUCUUCUCCCUCCUUCUCCUGGCCCAUCCCUGUACCUCCUUCAGGCCCCAGGUUGUGGAGCGAGCCUCUGGCCCUGAGCUGCCUCAGUCCUCUGGUAACAGCACGGGCAAGAGAUCGUGUUCAGAAGCUGUGGUGUGUAGACCCGGUAUCCUGCUGCCAGUGUGGUUGCCACUAAAUCCUCCAUUGGGGGAGCAAUCAGGGAGGGCGCUCAUCUACUUCCUGUGUCUCAUGUACAUGUUUGCGGGUGUGUCCAUCAUCGCAGAUCGGUUCAUGGCAUCCAUCGAAGUCAUCACCUCUCAGGAGAAAGAGGUGACCAUCACCAAACCCAACGGUGAAACAACAGUAGCGACAGUGAGAGUCUGGAAUGAGACUGUGUCCAACCUCACACUCAUGGCCCUGGGCUCCUCUGCGCCUGAGAUCCUGCUUUCUGUUAUUGAGGUAUGUGGGCACAACUUUGACGCAGGGGAGCUUGGCCCAGGCACCAUAGUGGGAAGCGCUGCCUUCAAUAUGUUUGUGAUAAUUGGUCUGUGUGUGUGGGUGAUCCCUGACGGAGAGUCUCGCAAGAUCAAACACCUGCGAGUGUUUUUCAUUACGGCUUUCUGGAGUAUUUUUGCCUACAUUUGGCUCUACCUCAUACUGGCUGUCAUCUCACCUGGGAUUGUAGAGGUGUGGGAAGCUGUGGUGACGCUGCUUUAUUUUCCGGUGUGUGUGAUCUUGGCUUGGAUUGCUGACCGUCGCCUACUCUUCUACAAAUACAUGCACAAGCGUUACCGUGCUGACAAGAGGCAUGGCAUUGUGGUGGAAAUGGAAGGUGACCUUUCGCCCAAAGGCAUUGACGUGAUCAUUGAUGGAAAGUUGUCAGACGGCAGUUCGUGCCCUGGAAACUCCUCUGGUGUGACAGUCUCUGUGCAAACAGGCAGUGAACUAGACCAGAACAAAGAUGAGGUGGUCCGCAUUCUAAAAGACCUGCAGGAGAAACACCCAGAAAAAGACCUAGACCAGCUGAUUGAGAUGGCCAACUACUCUGCCCUGGUCCAUCAGAAGAAGAGUCGCGCCUUCUACCGUGUCCAGGCGACACGCAUGUUGAUUGGUGCUGGCAACGUAUUAAAGAAACAUGCUGCUGAGCGCGCCCGUCGCUCAGGAGGCCAGGAGGCUGACAUGGCCACGUGCUCACACAUUUGUUUUGAAAGUGCCCAGUACCAGUGCACAGAGAACUGUGGCUCUCUGAGCCUCGGGGUGAUCCUUGAAGGGGGCACAGGCCAGAACACGUUCUAUGUGGACUACUGUACAGAAAAUGGCUCCGCCAAUGCUGGGGCGGACUAUGAAUUCAGUGAGGGAACCCUAGUGUUUAAACCAGGGGAGACCCGCAAAGAGAUCAAGGUGGGCAUCUUGGAUGAUGACGUCUUUGAGGAGGACGAGCACUUCUUUGUUCGUCUUCAGAAACUGAGGUUAGAAGAAGGUGGAAAUGAAGGGACAGGAACUCCACCCAAGGGCAGAUUAGUGGAGCCGCUGGUCGCCACCAUCACUAUCUUGGACGAUGACCACGCCGGCAUCUUCACCUUUGGCCAGCGAGUGAUGCGGGUGAGUGAGAGCACAGGCACGCUGACGGUGACAGUGGUGAGGAACUCGGGCUCCAGGGGCACCGUUGCUGUGCCGUACCAUACGGAGGAUGGCAGUGCCAAGGCUGGGGUGGACUAUGAGGAAACCAGGGGGGAACUGGAAUUCACCAAUGAACAGACCAGUCAGAUCUUAAAAGUGCACAUUAUAAAUGUGGAGGAGUACGAGAAGCAGGAAAACUUCUUCCUUGUGCUUGAGGACCCCAAAUGGCUGAAGCGAGGACUCUCCGCACUGCUGCUAAACCAGGGUAACCCCAGCCCUGAGGAAGAAGAGGCCCGGAGGAUCUCUGAGAUGGGCAAACCCAUUCUAGGGGAGCACAGCAGGCUAGAGGUCAUCAUAGAGGAGUCCUGUGAGUUUAAGAACACAGUGGACAAACUGCUGAAGGACACAAAUCUGGCUUCAGUGAUUGGCACUCAUUCAUGGAGGGAGCAGUUCAUUGAAGCAGUCACAGUCAGUGCAGGCGAUGGAGAUGAGGAGGAGGGACAGGAGCAGCGAAUGCCGAACUGCUUCGACUAUUUCAUGCACAUUAUGUGCAUUUUCUGGAAGAUUGUGUUUGCUUGCAUCCCACCCACUGAGUACUGGAACGGCUGGGCAUGCUUCAUAGUGUCAAUCUGUGCCAUUGGUUUCUUAACAGCCCUUAUCGGAGACCUUGCCUCCCAUUUUGGCUGCACCGUCGGCCUUAAAGACACUGUCACUGCGGUGGUCUUUGUGGCACUGGGGACUUCACUUCCUGAUACCUUUGCCAGUAAGGUGGCUGCCACUCAGGACCAGUACGCGGAUGCAUGUAUUGGGAAUGUGACAGGAAGCAACGCUGUUAAUGUGUUUUUGGGCAUUGGGCUGGCCUGGUCCGUGGCUGCCGUAUAUUGGCAAGUCAAAGGUAAGGUCUUCCGUGUGGACCCCGGCUCGCUGGCCUUCUCCGUCACACUCUUCACUAUUUUUGCCUUUUUAAGCAUGGGAAUGCUGAUGCUACGCCGAAGGCCGUCUGUAGGCGGCGAACUCGGAGGCCCGCGGAUCACCAAAGUCCUCACUUCACUGCUAUUCUUUGGACUCUGGUUCCUCUACGUCCUGUUCUCCAGCUUGGAGGCUUAUUGCCAUAUACAAGGCUUCUGAGAGAGCACAGCUGGGGAGAGUAAUGACUGCACAAUAACACACAUCACAAGGACAUUCACCUGUACAGUACUGUUACAGUAACUACCACUCAGAAGACCUGUCAUCACUUGACAACUGCUGCCAUGGUUCAUAAAAAAAGUAUUCACACUCCAAACUUGGACAUGCACAUCUGUAUGUCACAUCCACUGCAGGACAGAUCCAGUCAGUAGAAUUGAUCGUGACAGCACUGUUUAAUGAAGUGGACUAAAUAACAUGUAGUGACUGUUUUUGAUAAAUGGUCAGCAUGUCCUCUGUAAAGUCACUGGAUAUUGCUUGAUACUGGCUUGAUGCAUAAUGGCUCGUAACAUGGAUUUAAACUUUGGUCUUGUUUCUCCUCAUGCUUAUAGAGGCUUGGCGAUGUAACUGAUGAUACAUGUUGAUACAUGAAAAUAAUGGCUGCAGGACACCACCCUGCUUAGCGUUCAAGUCUGUUCUUUUUGUACAUCAGGACACCUCCGAGUGAAUCAUCAGGCUUAUACCAUGGCCAUAUGUCACAGGCAAAAGUAGAAGCUGUGUUCAAACUGUCAUCCAUUAUUUAAAGUGUUUGUUGUCAGUAAGCAUUAACCCAUACUUAGGUCUGUUUGACAAGUUAGAGUUAAUUCGUAAUGUAGUGCAAAGCAAAAGCACUGUUGCUAUGGUUACCUCCAGUUGCGCACAUGCAGAUCAGUAGUUAAACUGAUGGCUGGAGGUGUUGUCUUGAGUGAGUUCUGUUUUUUGAAUGGAUCUGACAGCCAAUCAGAAGCAAGUGUGUUGGAUUUAAAAAGCUGAGCACAGUUUGGUUACAAUCUACACUUUGGGAGAUAUGCUGCUGAUGUGAAAUAUCUCAAUCAUAAAUUCUGUUACUCUGUUAUGUGACUCAAGGCAUUGUUGAGUGUAAUGUAAUGCACCUACUCAAUUUGAUCUCACUGUAAGUAUUAAUAAUAGUAAUGAUCACAAAUGCACUAUAUGAACCCAAUAUUGAAAUGUAUAAUUGACAAAGAAUUACACAGGCAAUGGAUCUUUAAUAAGCUGUGGAAUGAAAAACAAUGUAUCUUGUAUCUGCCAUUGAGUGUUUCUGUUUGAAAGUGAUGGUUCAUUCACCUCUGAAGUCUUAUCUGUUUAUUUAUCAAUAGUGUAAUUUAUGUCUUUGUACCUAAAUGUAUUUGAUCUGAUAUGAACAAAAAUAUAUUGUAAUUUAUUGUAAG